UUAGUACUUCUAGAUUAAAGUUAGAUAAGGCGUUACCAAGGAAGGAGAAGUUAGAAAAGAGACUUGAGUUAAAAAGGCAGCUUAAGAUGUUAGAUCUUCAAGAAGAGAUUGAUAUGACAAUCAGAAUGUAAGAUCAUGGAGGACGAUAACCAACUGUCUAUAGACAAGUAUGAGACAAUUGCUUAGGUGGAAAGUCAUUUGCAUUGUGAUAUCAGCUGGAAUAAUCAUUCAAGGGGGAUAUUUAACAUCUCAGAAGGCGACUAAGCUAUGUAAUGAAUUCAUAACAUUAAAGGAAAUGGAGUACAUGUCUGAUGUGAAUUCUACGGCUAAGGUGGAAACAGCAGUGUCAUGUCUACCCUUAGAAUUACAGAAUAAGUGGGUGGAAGUUGCCGAUAAGAUCAUGAUGACCGGGAGGGAGCCGAGCUUUGAAGAAUUUGUGAUCUUUGUAGAGGAAAGAGCCAGGAUUUCUCGAACACGUUUUGGUAGAUUGGUACAUUGUAACUCAAAGUUCUGUGAAAGUGAUUAUGAAGGCCAAGUUGGUAAGAGAUCACACUUUAAUGUAGUUAAGCGAGAAUCAAACAACUCACUCGAGGCUCUAGGUUGCGAAAUUUGCUUAGGUGAUCACAAAGAGACAGAUUGUAUGAAGUUAUUGAAAAUGAAUGUUACAGAAAGGAGACGUGGUCUAUGUUACCUGUGUUUAAGAAAGGAUCACGUAGCCAAGUCAUGCAACACGGACGUCAAGUGUGACGUUGAUAAUUGGGAAAUUCGGUAUAAUUCAUUGCUACAUAUUGACGGUAUUAAUAACCAUGUAGUGAACUUAGUUGAGGAUUGGAACUCGUCGAAGGUUUGUUUGAGUAUCAUUCCGGUCAGAUUGUAUGGUCCGAAGAGAAAUUUGGAAACUUGCGCCCUUCUAGAUAGUGGUUCAAAUAGUUCCCUCGUAUACGGAGAGUUAUUUAAUUAGUUGGGUCUCAAGGGUAAGAAGGCUUCGAUGACGAUAACCAUUGUGAAUGGAACGACUACGUGUAGAUGUUUGGAAGUAAAUUUAGAGGUAUCUUUUUUGGAAGAGCAGUGUUCUACGAAAAUCAACAAGGUUUAUAAGACUAAGAAGUUUCCGAUAGAUUGUGUAGAACCUUUAACCGAGGAACAGAUGGGAUGCUGGAAGCAUUUGAAGGACAUCACUCUUUCGAUGUUCCGAAGUAAUCCGGUAUGAGUGUUGAUUUGAUGUGAUACUCAAGACGCAUAUUAGGUCCUGGAACAACGUCUGGGAGACAAGGAACAUCCGUUUGGUGUGCGUACGCCUCUCGGUUGGAUGGUUUUAAGUCCCAAGGGAGCAUAUAGGUCGGUACAUUCACUACAGCGUUGUCAUUCUCAUGAU